AUGGCCGAUAUACUCGACCCCCCACCCCACGACACAGAGCCAGAGCCAGAGCCGCCGGGGAUGGACGAUUCGCACUUCCUCGGAUCCAUCUGCGGCAUGGGCAUGGGCAUGGGCAUGGGGAUGGGGAUGGGGGACACCGUCCUCGCACAGCCCGCCCCUGAUGCUGCUCCCCCAGCUCCGGGGGGCCCCACAACAGCCCCGCCCCAGCUCCACAAGCAGCAGCCGCAGCUUGUGCCCUCGCCGCCCAAGAAGAGGGGGCGGCCGCCCAGGAGCAGCGCCAACGCCAACGCCAACGGGGGUUUGGUCGCAACCGCAACCACAACAACCCUCACCCCCGCCGCCGCCAGGCGGGCCGAGGCAAAGGCGGCUAAGAAGCGCAAGGAGGAGGAGGAGGACGAGGUCGUCUGCUUCAUCUGCUUCGACGGGGGCGACCUAGUCGUCUGCGAUCGGAGGGGGUGCCCCAAGGUCUACCAUCCGGCCUGCAUCAAGCGGGACGACUCCUUCUUCACCUCACGCACCAAGUGGAACUGCGGUUGGCACAUAUGCAGCAGCUGUGAAAAGGCGGGGCACUAUAUGUGUUAUACUUGUACAUUCUCUGCCUGCAAAGUAUGCGUCAAACACGGCAAGUUCUUCGCUGUCAGGGGGGCCAAGGGCUUCUGUGAUACAUGCUUUGGGACUAUAUUGUUGAUAGAAACGAAAGAUGAAGGCGAUGAUACAAAGGUUAGGGUUGAUUUCGAUGAUCGAUUCACCUGGGAAUACCUGUUCAAGCUAUAUUGGUCGGAUCUGAAAGGGAAGCUUUCAUUAACAAUGGAAGAACUAACCGGUGCAAAGAGCAGAUGGAGUGCUCCUAUUGCUUAUGCUAGGAAAGAAAAAGAUGAAUCAUCUGAUGACUUAUAUGACGCUAAUUAUGAUGAUGGUGCUGGAAAACGAAGGCGUGCUAACCCUUCAAGGAAAAGGGGUAAAAAACGUCAAAACCCACAGUCUGUUUGUAGCGUUACUGUCGAAGAUGUCAAAGUUGCAACUGGAAAUGCUGAAAAGCUGCCCAAGAAGGAACCAAGUGACGGGGUUUCUUUGCCGCUGAAUACAAAAUGGGCUUCACCAGAGCUACUAGAGUUUGUGGGCCACACGAGAGAUGGUGACCAAUCUUUUAUUUCCCAGUUUGAUGUGCAGGCUCUUUUGCUUGACUAUAUAAAAAAGAAUGACCUCCGUGAUCCUCGGAGGAAAAGUCAAGUUAUUUGUGAUUCAAGACUCCAACGCUUGUUCAAAAAAACACAUGUUGCUCAUUUCGAGAUGUUGAGGCUUUUGGAAAUGCACUGUCCUGUUAGUGAUGCUUCAACGGUAAAUGAUGGCAACCGUGGAGACAUCAAUCUUAAUUCAGCUCAGAUAGAUGCCACUGGAUAUGGUGAAGUGGCAGACAAACUGUAUCCUGAUAGGAAGAAGCGGAUGCAUAGAAAGAUGGAAAGAGAAUCACUGUCUAAUCUCAAUGAUUAUGCAGCAAUUGACAUGCACAAUAUAAGUUUAAUCUAUCUACGCCGUAGCUUGAUGGAAGAUCUUAUUGAUGAUCCCACGUUCUCAGACAAAGUUUCUGGUGGUUUUGUGAGGAUAAAAAUUACCGAUGUUGGACAGAAGCAAGAUAUGUAUCGUCUAGUGAAAGUAGUUGGGACACAUAAGGUUGCAGAAAAAUACAACAUCGGGAAGAAAAAGACAAAUUUUGCACUUGAGAUAUUAAAUCUGAAGAAAAAGGAGAUUAUCACGAUGGAUACAAUAUCAAAUCAAGACUUUACACAGGAGGAAUGCAAACGCUUGAGGCAGAGCAUGAAGUAUGGUCUAAUCGACCGACUAAAAGUGGGAGAUAUUCAAGAUAAAGCGACGAUCUUCCAAUCUGUAAGAGUGAAUGAUUGGUUGGAAAACGAAAAGCAGAGGUUAGGCUAUCUUCGAGACCGUGCAAGCGAAACAGGACGCAAAAAGGAACUUAGAGAGUGUGUGGAAAAGCUGCAGCUUCUCAACAAUUCCGAGGAAAGAGCGCGCAGAAUAAAUGAAGUUCUAGAAGUGCAUAUUGAUUCCCAUAUGAAUCCUGAUUAUGAAUCUUCUGAAGAAAUGGAUGAUAAAAGAGCUGUUGAACAGAGUGGAAGUGGCAAAAGAUCAAAUGGGUUAUUCUCACCAAUCAAAGUGCAAAAUUAUGCGAAAAUAAUGUCUGAUGCUAUCCGUAAUCCCAAAAACCUAUCAAAACAAAGUACAAUACCGAAAUUGGGAGCUGGAAGAAGCUCUAAGAAUUCCCAUUCAACAACCGGUACGGAUAUUCCAAAAUCUGGCACCAACGUAAGCAGCAAGAUGUGUGAAGCUGCACCCGUUUCAUCUCCUGGAGUAACACCAUCUACUGAGUUGGAGCCAGAGAAAGUCUGGCACUACAAGGAUCCAUCUGGAAAUGUUCAGGGCCCAUUUACUCUUUUGCAGCUAUCUAAAUGGACAGCUUACUUCCCACGUGAUCUGAGAGUAUGGCUCAUUUUUGAGAGUGAAGAGAGAUCAUUGUUGCUGACAGAAGUGCUUUCAAAACAACCAAAAGAUUUCGGUCAGGUUCCAUCAGUUAGAAGUAGUAAAACAAAAUUGGCAGGGUCUGGACAACACAGGAACAGCUCAAAUGUGGAUUUGAACAGCACUCCGUCCCCAGCUGGUUAUAGUAGGUUUAAUUCUUCUGAAACGACAGUUCAGUCUACUAAGUAUUCUGUUCCAGAAAGGGUGAGUCCGCUGCACUCUUCAGAUGAAUUGCAACAUGGUGGAGUACAGGGAAGACACUCUGCUGAAUGUAACAACGGCCACAACCGGGGUGAUCGGUGGAGUCCAAGCACGACGCAGACAAGUUGUAGUGGGCAGAAUAAUGUAGAAUCUCAUCGUAAUCAGCAUGCCUCACGGUCACAGGCUCAGCAUAAAAGUAGUUUGCAAGCAGGUUGUGUAAAGGAUUUGGAUUCGAGGCAGGAUUAUUCGCACACUGUACCUACUCAACUAACCAGGAGAGAUGUCCCCAGUCCUGCACUUGCUUUGAGUCCAUCCGAGUCCAGAACCGCUUCAAGCCAACACGAAAGCUCUUGCUUGAGUUCAACCAAUCCGGGCCUGCAUGAUGAACUUCAUUCUUCUAUUACUUCUGAAAAGACUAAGAGCUGUGCUCCUGCAACUUCUGUUGAAGACAGAGGAUCUAGUUCACCGUCUGCCAUGCUGGCCCACUCAGAAAGAGUUCCAGUCUGCAGUCAACAGUCGGUUCCUUCCGCGGCCAUUCCUGAAAUAUGCAAGGUGGGGGAGGAGAUGAAGAAUGAGGAAAAAACACGCGAAACUGAUGCAUCAAAUGUUUCAGUUAAUCAGUCUCCUCAGUCCAAGAUGUUCCCUGAUUCUUCUCCUGACAACCAAGAUAUUGAACGUGAAUACCUUAAUCCAGUGCAGAAAUCCGAGAGUAAGAAGGCUGAUGUGGCACACUCAGAAAAAGUUCCAGUCUGCAGUCCACAGUCAGUUCCUGCCGCAUCCAUUCCUGAAAUAUGUAAGGCCGGGGAGAUCAAGAAUGAGGAGAAAACACGUGAAGCUGACGCAUCAAAUGUUUCAGUCAAUCAGUCUCCUCAGUCCAAGAUGUUCCCUGAUUCUUCUCCUGAUAACCAAGAUAUUGAGCAUGAACGCUCUAAUCCAACGCAGAAAUCUGAGAGUAAGAAGGUUGAUGUGGCCCAGUCAGGGUCAAAAUCAGCAAUACCUGAAACUUUGGAUACUAAGAUACCUGACCACUCUCCAGCUUCUUUUGUUUCGCCGAAAUUUGAUCUCCCAACUGGGGAAGUAGGUGCCACAGAUUCAGUACCUAACCUGGAGAAAACAGAUGUAAGUGGUGAAGAUUUAAAUUCUAAAAAGGAGUGUUACAGUGAGACUAGCCUUGCCAUAAAGGAGAAAGUGAUAGCUGAUCCUGCUCCUAUUGCUAAGUCAAUAGACGCGUCUGAUGUUCCGGAAUCAGCAUGUGAUGUUCCAACUGGGGAAAUACGAGGUGUGGAUAACGUGGAGAAAACAGUUUUGAGUGGUGAUGAUUCAAAUACUCGAAAAGAAUGCUGCAGCAAGAAGACUACUCUUGUCACAAGGGAGAAAUCAGUAGCUGAUCCUGCUUGUGCAGAGUUGAUCAACACGCCCGAUGUUCCGGAAUCAGUAUCUAAUUUGGAGAAGAGAGAUUCCAAGGGUCAAGAUUAUUCAGAUAUUCAAAAGGAAUUGUACAAUGAGUCUAUUCUUGUCACGAGCAAGAAACUGUUAACUGAUUCUGCUUGUGCCGAGUCGACUGACGGGGCUGCUGUUCUGGAAAGAGACUUAAUGGGUGCUGGUUCAAAUAGCCAAAAAGAGCUGUACAGCAAGUCUACUCUUGUCACAAGUGAGAAAAUGGUGGUUGAACCUGCCUCUUGUGCUGAGUCAGUAGGCGUGCCUAAUAUUUUGGGCUCAGCAUCUAACCUGGAGAGAAGAGAUCUAAACGAUGAAGAUCCAAUUGUUCAAAAAGAACUGUUCAGCGAGUCUAUGCUUGUCACAGGUGAUAAAAUGGUGGUUAAACCUGUCUCUCGCGCCGAGUCAGUAGAUGUGUCUACUGUUUUGGAAUCAGUAUCUAACAUGGAGGGAAGAGAUUUAAACGUUGAAGAUUCAAUUGUUCGAAAAGAGCUGUUCACGGAGUCUACUCUGGUCACAAGUGAUAAAAUGGUGGUUGAUCCUGCCUCUUGUGCUGAUGUCUCUGAUGUCCUGGAAUCAGUAUUUAACCUCGAGAAAACAGGUUUGGAAGGUGAACAUCCAAAUAUUCAGAAGGAAUUGUAUGAGGAGUCUGCUCUGGUCACAAGGGAGAACAUGGUGACUGAUCCUGCCUCAGUACAUGUGUCCGAUGUCCUGGAACCAGUAUUUGACUUGGAGAAGACAUAUUUGGGAGGUGAAGGUUCAGAUAUUCAAAAAGAAUUGCAUGAAGGGUCUACUCUUGUUACAAGAGAGUACAUGGCGGUUGAUCCCGUCCCUUGUGCAGAGUCGACAGAUGUGUCUUUAACAGAACAAAAUCGUGGAACUUUGUGCAUGGAUGCGCUAGCAGCAAUAGAGCAAUUCAUGACCGCUUCACCGGAGGAAGAGCCACAGUGCUCUAGCCCCAUUGCGUUAUCCCCAUGGGGUGAAUCUGGUUACUAUCAAGGCGACGCUGUUGAUUCUGGACUAUGGGGUGUCCAAGAUGACACAAUCAAUGAAAUGUGGUCAUUGCUGUCACCGACGCCUACUCCGCAAAAUUUAUCUGGGGUUAAAUCCGAGGCGGAAGGUGGUGCCCAUGUUGUCAACGCGGCAACUGUUGCUCAAGGAGAGUACGACUUUUUCCAAAGAGAUCCAACACCAGGGGUGCAUUGGGGACUGACUGAGCAGGUGAAACCAAAAGCAACUGCUGCAUCAGCAUCACCGAUAGAUGUGAAUGUGAGCACAGGAGCAUUUGGCUGGCAACCAUCAGCCAGUGAGAGAUCAAAUGCUGCAUCAGCAUCACCGAUAGAUGUGAAUGUGAGCACAGGAGCAUUUGGCUGGCAACCAUCAGCUGACGAGAGAUCAAACGCGGGAGCCGCAUGGAGCACUGGCUACAAUCCAAACAUGUACUCAAGCUAUGGAGCAGCAGCAGGAGCAGCAUCCUCUGUUAGAACCUCUCAGCAAGCAGCAGCAGCACCCUCUGUUAGAAGCUCUCAGCAAGCACCAGUGAAGCAGGAAUACACCGAGUUGGAUGCUGCUAAUUUCAGAGGGGCCCUAAGGAAUUUCGGAGCGUCCUUUGGGAACAACACCAAGAGCUGGAACGCGCCCGCUGGCAAUGCCAACCGAGGCAGCCAGCGCCGCGACAGGUACUCUGAGAUAAGCGAGUCUUGGCUCCUUAGCUCGAAUAACAACCCUAGGAGUAGGACAGAUGGAUUUAGCGGUGGCGGAACAUCACAGACGCCCCCGAGGGGGCAUCGGUAG